UACAACCAAAAGCUAUUGCUAUACUUGGAAAUCAAGUGUUUUUCAAAUUAACUAGGGUCAAUCACAGACAGCAUUUGCUCAACAUUGGCUCGUUUUUCAUUUACAUCUGAACCCCUUAAGCUUAAGCUUUUGUGACUGUAAAUGUAAACAUUAGUUUUGCUUUCUCGCUUUUGAUUGCAUCUGUUUAGCUAGUUUCUAAGGUUGGUGUAAAUUAAGUGUAAGAAUAAUUGGGAAUGGCGGAGCAAACCUCGACCCUUUUUGAAUAGAAAACGAAGAUUGGCUUCUCUUUAGUGAUUCUUCACUUGUUCUUUUUCCCAACAGGCGCCUACACUCUGUGAAACCCCAUUAUCUUCUUUAUGUAUCGAGAUAACGACCAUGGUAACUGAAAUCACUUUCACUAUUCUCAGCUGUUAGAAAGGGUUUUGAAGUUUAGAAACCCUAGAUUUUGACAGAGUAAAAACGAGAAAGACAGAAUUCCUCAAGGAUGAGUUGGGCAACCUCUAAUCUCUCGCAACUAUGGAAAAUACCUUCAACCAGGAUACUCUUAGCAAAUUCUAAGCUUCCAAAAGGUUCAUCCUUGUUGUCUGCAACAGAAAUUCGUGCAACUGUGUGCUUUUGUAGGAAAAUGCAGACACAAACAUAUGAAAUUGUGAAUGGUAGCUAUGUUCCUGUUGCCGAGAACAAACAAGAAAGUCCUGCAGAGGACAAGAAUAAUGUAAAACUGGAGACAGUUGGUGCAUUCCAGAAGCUACCUAUGGUGAUGCCAUCAGUUGACAUUCUUUAUUCAGCUAUUAAGAAGUCAAAGAGGAUAUCUCCAACAAAGGGCAUUGUCAAUGCUGCAAAGAGAGAGAGAAAUAAAGGUGCACGACAGCUUGAUGCUCUUAUGAAAGAAUUGGGUGUUCCAUUGAGAGAUUACUUAGACAAGUUUCCAAACAGAAAAUAUCUGCAUCCUUACGAACGGUCUCUUACUGAGCUGACUCUGGGUGAUGGAAACUAUGAAGAGGUAUUAGGAAGGUUAAAUGCUCUAAAAAAGAAGGUGAAUUCUGUUGGAAAAGAGCAUGCCUCUCUCUGCGCUAAGUCUGUGUCUAAGCGUGAAGCAGAAGAGCGACUUGCUGAGGGUAUCAAGAGAUUGGAAGACAUUUUUAAAUCGGAAGGAAAAGCUGUAGAUGAUUUGCUAAACAUUGCCAAGACAUUAUGUGCAAUGCCUGUGGUUGAUUUGGAGUCACCGACACUCUGUCUUGUGGGGGCGCCAAAUGUGGGGAAAUCAUCACUGGUUCGUAUACUGUCAUCAGGAAAGCCUGAGAUAUGCAACUACCCGUUCACAACCAGAGGAAUUCUGAUGGGUCACAUUCAUUUAAACUACCAACAUUUUCAGGUUACAGACACUCCUGGGCUUCUUCGAAGACCAGAUGAGGACAGAAAUAAUCUGGAGAAGUUAACUCUAGCAGUCCUCCAGCAUCUUCCUACAGCGGUGCUAUAUGUUCAUGAUCUAUCAGGAGAGUGUGGAUCAUCUCCUUCCGACCAGUUCGUUACAUACAAAGAAGUACGGGAGAAGUUUAGUGAUCAUCUUUGGAUUGAUGUUGUCUCUAAAUGUGAUCUGUUGAAAGAUUCACCUGUCUUUUACAUUACAGAAGAUAGUAGCAAUCCGGAACAUAUUGAGAUGGAACAGUACAGAAAAAUGGGACCUCCAGGGGCUAUCCAUGUGUCAGUGAUGAGUGAGAAAGGACUGUCUGAGUUAAAGAGUACGGUUCAUGAGCUGCUGAUUUCUCAAAUGGCUAGGAUCAAAAGCCAAAAUAGCAAUCCAGAAACUUUAGGUGCAUAAAACUUAGACGCUAUUUGUUAGUCUUUUUAAUCUUUCUCCAGUCUUUCUCAGAUGGGGUUGUAGAAAGUAGAAGCCAGAAUUCUUCCAUUCUGGUUAAGCAGUUGUAAUGCAGCUUCAAUUUUCAGUCAACUGCUCUAGUAUACAGCACUGGAUCUUGCACUACUCCGAAUAAUGACCCUUGUUUUUGAGUUUUCAAGGACAGUCACCGUUUUGUUCUUCCAUACGGUUAUAAUUUACGCCGAAGCGCGGUCCAUCAUUGUAAAGCUGUUGUGUUUCUUCACAGUUUUCCUUCUUUUGAUAAUGAUAUUUGUCACAA